AAAGUCUCUAGCUGAGACAGAGGGUCUCUCUGCAAGCGUCGACGAAAUGAUAACGGCGAUGGUGUCUCCCCGGGCCGAGUUGAAACCACACAAUGCUACGAUACAGUUGCUGCAUUUCAAAUCGCUCUUACGAGGCGAAACAACCUUCGUUCUAUAGGGAGCAGCGCCGUGUUUCCUCUGAUCGCAUCACCCUUUGCAGUGGUGGUGGUGGUGCCACUGCCGUCGUCUCCUCCUCCCGCCUCCGUGAUCUCGUUUUCGUCGUGAACCCUCAAGGAGCUAAUGGUAGAACAGCUAAGGAAUGGAAGAAGCUGCUUCCUUACCUUCGAUCUCGUCUUGGUGAAGACUGUAAUAUAUGUGAGUCCUUAACAUCUGGUCCUUCUCAUGCCAUUGACAUUACAAGAGAGGUAAGUGGCAGUGAAAAGCUAUACAUUGCUUUGAUUGGUUAUAUAUUCUCUUAUCAUCAUGUUGCUCUCUAUCAGGCUAUUAGGGAUGGUGCAGAUGCUGUCAUUGCUGUAGGAGGUGAUGGAACUCUGCAUGAGGUUGUUAAUGGCUUCUUUUGGGAGGGGAAGCCUGUUGGUAAUCUCAAUAGCGAAACCAGCCACUCGGCUGCACUUGGUCUGAUUCCGUUAGGUACUGGUUCGGAUUUUGCUAGAACAUUUGGUUGGAAGAAUGAUCCUUGCGAAGCGGUGGAUCGCAUUGCUAAAGGGAUACGAUCACGGGUUGAUGUCGGUGUUAUCGACCAGGAAGGAAGGGAUUCGCAUUACUUCAUCAACGUUGCUGAUGUUCAUUUGAGUGCAAAGGCAGGCUUUUACGCUUCAAAGUACAAGAAAUUUGGAAGCUUGUGCUACGUAAUUGGUGCCCUCCAGGCUUUUAUGGGACAUGACAACCGAGAUAUGAGGAUCAAGGUUAAUGGAGGUGAAUGGGAAGUAUAUCCACAAGUCACCGCUCUCUGCGUUGGAAACGCUAAAUACUUUGGUGGUGGAAUGAAAAUCACCCCCAACGCUUCCCCUGGAAAUGGAAAUCUUGAGGUUGUGGUACUUCAGGACUUCAAGUGGUACGACUUCAUACUGAAGCUUCAUAAGCUAUACAAUGGGACGCAUCUCUCAGUUAACAAUGUGAGCUCAAGAAGUGUACAAAGUAUAGAAGUUGAGGAGGUUUCAGAGAGUGGAAGCAUCUAUGUUCAGUCAGAUGGAGAACAUCUUGGAUUCCUACCUAGAAAGUUUCAGGUUUUACCCGGUGCCAUCGACAUGAUCAGCUGAUUCACAACCGCACAUUGCCAAGAAAGUGUAGAAGAAGAAGACUCGAAUCAUACAUUCAACUUCUUUUUUGUUCAGUCUGUAGAGAGAUUCUUCUUAUUUAAAUGUUGGAUUCAUUGUUUAAACCAA